AUGAUUUCCUCCACGCUCCUCCUCUCAGCUUUCAUUGCUGCCGCCCAAGCGAUUGACGUUGAUGUUGCGGUCGUAGGCGGCGGGGGAUCUGGUGGUUAUGCUGCUGUCCAGCUGCGAGAGAACUAUGGCAAGAAGAUUGUAGUCAUUGAAAAGCAAAAGCAGUUGGGUGGCCAUGCACAGUCCUGGUACGAUCCAGUCACUGGAAAGGCGUACAACUAUGGCGUUGACGCGUUUACGAACAUCACCGCCUCAAUUGACUUCUUCAGACAACUGAAAGUUCCUAUCGGGCCACUCCAGUCCGUACCCGCAGGGAACUUGUACGUCAACUUUGAAGAUGGCAAAACAGUUGACUAUACGCCUCCCACCACGAAAGAGGCCGCUGAUGCUAUGGGCAACUAUCGUGACCAGUGGCUCAAGUACACCGACAUCCUGUUACCUACUAGCAAGCAUUUCCCACGAGGUGACAGGGUUCCGUCGGAUCUUUUGCUGCCUUGGUAUGAGUUCACGCGCAAGUAUCAAGCAGAAGCUGCGAGCCCAAGCAUCUGGGAUAUUGUCGUCGUUGAUCUUAACACUGCGUUGAUGAUUGAUGUAUGGAAGGCAUGGAAUCCCAGCGUUGGAUCUUUCCAACCAGUAUCAGGUGAUAACACGGAGAUCUGGAGAAAGGCUGCGAAACUUCUGGGCAAAGACGUCCUCUAUGAGAGCGAAGUGAUCUCCGCUAAGCGAACCAAGAGCGGAGUGAAGCUUGAGGUUAGAGAUAAAGAUGGGCACAUCACAAAGGUCAACGCCAAGCGACUUCUGAUCACUAUCGGACCAGAGACAAUCAACCCGAAAUACUUUGACCUGACCAGUGAGGAACUGGAAGUCUUCCAUUCCGCUGCCGGCAACCGCUACUUCACUGGCAUUGUAUCUCACCCUUCUCUGCCCGCAGCUGAGAUCACCAAUGUUGUUCCAGCUGCCAUCAACGCAAACUACCUCGCGUACCCAACAGUCCCCUUCCAAGCAUAUUUUCACUAUAAAGGAAACUCUUCCACAGGGCCUAUCCACCGCGCACUAGCUGUCGUCCCCAGAGAGACGUCAAUUGAGGAUGCCAAAGACCUUAUCCGCAAAUCUGUUCAGAAUCUCAUUGAUGCGGGAACAAUCCCAGCUGGGAACUCUAGCGAUCUCGAUUUUAGAACUUUCUCGGAUCAUGGACUAUUGUAUAGGCGCUGGUCUGCUGAGCAGCUGCGUGGUGGUAUUUUUGCAAGGGCGAACGAUCUUCAGGGCCAGCGAUCGACUUGGUACACUGGGGCUUUCUGGAUGAACAAUGAUUGCGUCAUGUUGUGGAACACUACAAAUGCCAUCUUAAAGGAGAUGCUCAAAGACAUUUAG